GUGCGGGCAUUACUAUCAACGAAGAACUCCAAAACGAUGCCUACCAAAGGAUGUUGCUACUAGUAGAUAGUGAAUUUCUACAGAUCUUGAGAACGGCCUUUGGAAGGAAAGACUACUCUGCAGUCAUAGGUCAUCCUGCAUUCUGCAAUCGGAAGUACUUGAGUGGACUAUUGCGAUGCCCACCACCCCAGCCGUCUGCUGAUAUCGAGCAUGCUGUUUCAUCUCUCCUUGAGAGCAUCGAACCCGAUCUUCAAGAUUAUAUACAUCGUGACCUUCCCUGGCCCACCUAUACAUCAGCAAGCACAGAUGUCCGGACGAAGGACUUCACCGGCUCGCUGGAUAUCCCGAUGACAACCCCGAAUGUACCGUGCUUACUGCUACAUGGCCUUGGCCAUGGUAUCGUCAAACCAGAGGUGGUAUCGAGCGUCUUCUGCGAGACGCAAGUGCCAACGCACCUCGUCAAUACGCCUGGCUCCGGCAAGACCCGAGUACUUUUCGAAGGUCUCUCGCAAUCCUGGGGAUUCUACUUUGUAUGCAACAAGGAGCAAGCGACUGCAUUCGGAUCGCAGGACUUACCUUGGGUGCUGGAAAAUAUGAACCCUUCCGAGCCCUCCAGUUUCACCAUAGAUCUGAAGACAUGUGCAGAAAGCACAUACGAACAGGUACAUAGGCACCAUAGGCUCACAGCACACCGUCAGUCUCUAUCGGUCCUGCUUAGCAGGGCUUUGAUUCUGCUUACGCUCCUUCGGAUGGCUAGGGAGCAAUACCCGCAGAAGCGUCUGGACGAAUUCAGGCGCCAUUGGCUGUAUCUCCAAUUACGACCGGCGGACAUCUUGGAAAGGAACGUUCAAGGGGAAGAUGUCUUUCAGCAACUUUCCUUGAUCCUUCAGAAUGCCUGUGACAAGUAUCUUGAGAAAGAUGACUAUCAAGACAGGGAAAAACUACCAAUUGUCAUGGGUCAGAUCCGCAGAAUGUUUGGCAUCGCAGAUUUCCACAGCAGACUCUAUGUUGUUGUAGAUGAAGCACAGGAAGCUACGAAGAAGCUAAAGGCCGCUUUUCGAUUUGAAGGAGGCCAGGCUGAACCUCCCAUGAUGCGUCCUAUCCUCUGCAAGCUAGCAGAGACAUUUGGACGCUAUGGAUCACUCAUCUUCUCUGGCACCAGUCUUUCUCUGAUUGAGGGGCUGAGGCCGAUGUCUUAUAAUAUCAUGAAAUAUGAUCCAUGGUUUAGACUUGAAACUGAUGUUGGUUCAUUUGAUGAAACUUUAGCCCAGAAGGAAUAUCUUCUUCGCUAUCUGCCACCACACUUGCAUGAUACACCCAGUAUACUUGCACUCAUAUCCAGGGCCAGUCAUUGGAUUACUGGGAGAUAUUGUUUUACGACAAACCUCAUUCAAAUUCUGCUCCAGUCAUCAUUUCUUAGUCCUCAUCAUGCCCUUGACUAUGUGAUAACAUCCUAUGUGGACAUACUUCCACAGGAUAGUGCAACUUUCAUCAAGGAUGAACCUAAGUUGACAGGUAUCACUGAUAUGGGGGGUGAAGUGCUCAGCCAGUGCAUACAUCAAAACACAAUUGCAGACAUGAAUCUAGGGAUGGAAUACUGUUCACUUCAUGAAAAUGCAUAACAAGCUUCAUGCAUAGCACAAAUCAUGUUAUCUAAACAACAUUUUGAAGUUCAAUCUCAGCAGCUGGUGACUCCUUCUGCGCCUCAGAAGAACUUUCAGAGUUAACAUGUUAGUACCUUAAGUUAAGAACAUGUAUAUUCUAGGUAACAUACCUCUGUUGUGAAUGCUUCUCAUCACCCUCAUCACCUUCAAGCAAUCCAACAGAAAGAGGCUUAUCUGAGUAUCUGAUGAUCUCUUCUUCUGAGGUCCAAUGCUGACUCUCUCCAGUUGCCCAAGGUGCAUUGAGUGGAGCACCCAAGUUGGCAACAACUGAGGUAGCAAAAUGAACACUGGAGACUUCA